AGGGUUCCGGCUGGUGGGCGCGCGAGGAAGAUGGAGACGAUCCUGGAGCAGCAGCGGCGCUACCAUGAGGAGCGGGAGCGGCUCAUGGACGUGAUGGCCAAGGAGACGCUGAUUAAGAAAUCCACGUUACGUGACCAGAUUAACUCUGAUCACCGCACCCGAGCCAUGCAGGACAGGUAUAUGGAAGUGAGUGGAAAUCUGAGAGACUUGUAUGAUGAUAAGGAUGGGUUACGGAAGGAGGAGCUCAGCGCCAUUUCAGGGCCAAAUGAGUUUGCAGAAUUCUAUAAUAGACUAAAACAGAUCAAGGAAUUUCACCGGAAGCACCCAAAUGAGAUCUGUGUACCGAUGUCAGUGGAAUUUGAGGAACUGUUGAAAGCCAGAGAGAACCCCAGUGAAGAGGCACAAAAUCUAGUGGAGUUCACAGAUGAAGAAGGUUAUGGCUGGUACUUGGAGCUUCAUGAUUGUUACCUCAAGUACAUUAACUUAAAAUCAUCAGAGAAACUGGAUUACAUCACAUACUUAUCCACAUACAUCCAACUCUUCGAUAUUCCCAAAGAGAGAAAAAAUGUCGAAUAUAAAAGGUAUCUUGAAAUGCUUCUUGAGUACCUGCAGGAUUACACAGAUUGGGUGAAGCCACUGCUGGAUCAGAAUGAACUUUUUGGGAAGAUUCAGAAUGAGUUUGAGAAGAAGUGGGACAAUGGAACGUUCCCUGGUUGGCCGAAAGAGACCAGCAGUGCACUUACCCAUGCCGGAGCCCAUCUGGAGCUCUCAGCCUUUUCCUCUUGGGAGGAAUUGGCCUCCCUGGGACUGGACAGAUUAAAAUCUGCUUUACUGGCUUUGGGUCUGAAAUGCGGCGGCACUCUGGAAGAGCGUGCUCAGAGGCUAUUCAGCACAAAAGGCAAAUCCUUGGAAGCCCUUGAUUCUUCCUUGUUUGCCAAGAAUCCAAAGACAAAAGGAAGCAAUAGAGUGAGGUCUUAUUUUGUAAAAGAGUUCUGCACUCAGCAAAUAGGCUUGAAUGGAAAAUAG